CUUUUUAGCCAUGAACAGGUAGGCAUGGGAUGCUCCAUAUCUGAUAAGAAUUACAUAGCAACACUAUAAAAGCACUCACAAUAACAGAGAAAAGUGCAAGCUCAAUAAACCCAAUACAGAAAAUGGUUCUACAAGCAGAUAUCUAUCCUGGUGGCUACAAGCAAGAGAGCUACUCGCAUGAUGGUUACUACUCCUCAGGCUAUGGCCACUGCCCGAGCAUGCACAUGUACACUACUCCAUACCUGGGUUCUUCUCAUAUGAUGCAUUCAGGUGGACAUGGCCCAUACCACCAGAUAACUACUGAUUUCUACAGCGAUGGCUUAAACGGGCACAUGUCAUCAGCUUUUACUACCGACAGCAAUUUAAACCAUGGAAUGCCUACUGCCAACUACGGAAGUUCUUACCAUGGGGCUAGCAGCAAUUUUAGCCAUGGAAUGCCCACUGGCAGCUAUGGAAGCUCUUACCAUGGGGCUAACAGCAAUUUCAGCCAUGGAAUGCCCACUGGUAGCUAUGGAAGCUCCUAUCAUGGGGCAUCACCCAGUCCCAUGGGAUCAAAGAUCGAAUCAAUGAAGCAUGAAUAUAACAAUUAUAAUUAUGGCCGCCCAAGCAUGCUUCAUACCCCUAUGCAUGGCGGCCACCAGUCAGCAGAGUGGAAACUCAAGUCAAUUGAAGAUGAUGACUAGAGAUGCUAUUCGUAAUAAUUAAUCAUCAUGUCAGAAAUUUGCAGACAUAAUUACUUGGAAAUGUCUUGAUCAGCUUCUCCACAGAGAAUUUUGUGGUAGUUAUAUUAAUAUGUAUUUCCAACAAAGCCAAGAAUUAAAUAAAUUUUAAUGGUUAUCUACUAGAAACA